AUGCAGGUAGCACCGGUGAUAAUAAUCGGAGCUGGAACUUCCGGCAUAGCCACGGCAGCUUGCUUAGCAAAACAAUCCAUACCGUUCAUCAUUCUCGAAAGAGAAAACUGUUUUGCUUCUCUAUGGCAAAACUACACCUACGAUCGUCUUCAUCUUCAUCUAAGAAAGCAAGUUUGUGAGUUACCGCACUUUCCAUUUCCAUCUUCUUAUCCUAACUAUGUACCUAGAAAACAAUUCAUACAGUACCUAGGCAGCUACGUCAAAAACUUUGACAUCAAUCCUUUAUACAACAGAAAGGUUGUGUUAGCGGAGUAUUUUGAGGAUGAUGAGAAAUGGAAGGUUGAGGCUGAGAAUAGAACUUCCGGUGAAGUUGAAGAAUAUUCUGGAAGGUUCUUGGUGGUGGCUAGCGGCGAAACAGCUGAACCUCGUGUACCGGAAGUUUUGGGGUUGGAGAGUUUCAAUGGGAAAGUGAUGCAUUCGACUGGGUAUAAAAAUGGGAAAGAGUUUAAAGAUGAACAUGUUCUUGUUGUUGGUUCCGGAAAUUCUGGUAUGGAGAUUUCUUUAGAUUUGGCCAAUUUUGGUGCCAAACCUUCGAUCAUUGUUAGAAGCCCGGUUCAUUUUCUUUCAAGGGAUAUGAUGUAUUAUGCUGGGGUUUUGUUGAGUUAUCUGUCACUCAGCACAGUGGAGAAACUAGUGGUGAUAGUUAGCAGAAUUGUGUAUGGAGAUCUGAGUAAAUAUGGUAUACCUUUUCCUACUGAGGGUCCUUUCACUACGAAGAUUAAGUAUGGAAAAUUUCCUAUAAUUGAUUUGGGAACGGUUAAGAAAAUCAAAUCUGGAGAGAUACAGGUGUUGGGAGCUGAAAUAGAGAGUAUAAGAGGUAACCAAGUGUUGUUCCGUGAUGGAAAAUCCUACCCAUUUGACUCCAUUAUAUUCUGUACAGGCUUCAACAGAUCAACUCAAAAAUGGCUUAAGGGAGGUGAUGAUCUUUUGAAUGAGGAUGGUUUUCCAAAGCCUGGUUUACCAUUCCAUUGGAAGGGUAAGAAUGGUUUGUACUGCGUUGGAUUGUCAAGGAGGGGGUUUUAUGGAGCUAACCUUGAUGCUCAAAAUGUAGCAAAUGAUAUUGCCAUGUUAGUUCCUCAAGAUGAAAGAAAUGAGUUGUGA